AAGUAUUCCACAUUUGAGUUCGACCAUCAUGACAGCAUCCUCGUACCGCCUCCGCGUCCGCAACGCCAAGCAACUGGUGCAAGUGUGCAGCAACAACGAACGAGCCAAGCGUGGCGCGGAACAAGGCAAUGUCGCGAUCAUUGAGGACGGAGCGCUGGUCGUGGAUGCGCAUGGCAAGUUUGCCGUCGUCGGCACCACCGCCCAAGUUGACGCGUGGGUACAAGCACAACCGCAGCCCGUGACGUUUGAACGGGACUUCGACGCGUCGGGUCUGUGCAUCCUUCCUGGUCUUGUGGAUGGCCAUACGCAUCCCGUGUGGAGCGGCAGCCGCGUGGACGAGUUCGCGCUCAAGCUGGCCGGCGCCACGUACAUGGAGGUUCACGCCAUGGGUGGCGGCAUCAACAGCACGGUGCGGUCGACUCGGGCGUCGUCGGAAGCGGAGUUGUUCGGGCUUCUUAAGAAGCGUUUGGAUCGCAUGCUCAAGUGCGGUACCACCGUCGUGGAAGCCAAGAGCGGCUACGGCCUGGACACGGACACGGAGCUGAAAAUGCUGCGGGUGUUGGAAACCGCAUCGAAGUCCCAUCCGAUCGACUUGGUGGCCACAUACCUCGGCGGCCAUUCCGUGCCCGACGGCAUGACCGCUGCCGAAGCCACGCUGGACAUUGUCCAGAACCAAAUCCCCGCGCUCCUCCGCGCGCAAGCCGCCGGUGAAAUCAACCCCACCUUCAUCGACGUGUUUUGCGAGAAGGGAGUGUUCGAGUACGACGACACCAAGACGAUCCUGCAAGCGGGCAAGGACGCGGGGCUCAAAAUCAACUUCCACGGCGACGAACUCAACCCGAUGGACUCGGGCAAGUUGUGCAACUGCCUCCAGGCUCACGCGGCGUCCCAUCUGGAGAUGCUGGACUCGGCCAACAUCCAAGCGAUGGCCGACGCCGCCACCUUCGCGGUGCUGCUGCCCACGACCAUGUACAUUUUGAAGCUCCCGAGCCCCCCCGCACGCGAACUCAUCGAAAACAACGUGGCGGUGGCGCUGGGCUCCGACUACAACCCGAACGCGCACUGCCUGUCGAUGCCGCUCACCAUGCACAUGGCGUGCUGCCUCAUGAAGAUGACGAUGAAGGAGGCACUCGUGGGCGCCACCAUCAACGCCGCCGCGUCCGUCGACCGCGCAGACACCCACGGCAGCAUCGAAGUCGGCAAGCACGCCGAUCUGCUCGUGCUCGAUGCCCCGCAGUGGGAGCAUUUGAUCUACGAAAUGGCCGACCCGCCCAUCCAACACGUGGUCAAGAACGGCCGGUUCGUUGUGUCCAAUGGCCAAUUGCUGGCUUAAUACAACUGUCAUAAAAUCAAGGCGUAGUAGGAUUAAGAUAGGAUUGAGUGGGAGUACACAUUCAUGGUCUACUGCCGCCACUCGGUCGUUGCAUCUUGGUGGCCUCGGGAAGCAUGAUAAAGUGCCGAUGAUGCUGCUGCCAAGAAGGCGGCAGCCAUCGAAACCAUUCCGCCGGUAGCGACGUAUCUGUGGCUUGUUGGCGCGUGAGCAAUGGAGGCGUCCGCGGUGGAGCGCCGAGGACGGACGGGGGGAGUGUGUCUGUCAUGGAGGAACGUAGCCAAG